GCAGUUCUUUCCUCAGAAGGUGGACAUAUCAAGAACUAAGCAGCCAAAGAAAAAAAGGUCAGACUCAACUACAAAGUCAUCACAUUGCAUCAAAAGAAAAGAACCAUGUGGGUGUUUGAGAAGCUCAGUCAGAGCAUGGAGACCAUCCCUCUGGAGCUGCGUCAUUACCUGAGGAGGAAUGAGAAGGACGUCUCUCUUCCUUCUAAAGGCAGCCUCUCUCACCAUCUGCACAGUAACGUCCUCACCCCAGACACCAUCCCAGAGUUCUGCUUGCCUCCCAGGCUUCGCAAGAGAAGCCCGCCGCUGGAAGCUGAGGCAGCGUCACCUCAUCUGCACCGUCGGUUACAGAUGCCCAGCAGCAGCACACGUGCAAAGACAAAAGAUGCAAAGGGGAAGGACGGCGACGCGUCCGUGGCUUGGAAAGCUACGAAAAAACCUUUGCCGUUCUGUGCAGAGGGGUAUGGCCUGGCCGGGGUACACGAGAGCCCCAACACGCGAAGGAAAGAGUCUCUGUUCCACUCAAAGUGCCCGAUUUAUACUUUUGAUAGAAGCCUUCCUACUCCCUUACCGAGGCCAGCAAAGGCAACAAACCUGCCCAAGAAAACUUCCUCUGGGGUUUUCCCUCUUUUUCCAUUCAAGAGCGUGUCAGAGACAGAAAGCACAGGAAGGGAAACACCUUCUUCCACGGAAUCCUCUCCCCUCAGCUCUGCUUAUACUGCUAAAUCCUCCCUGUACUUCCCCCCAGGCAGCAGACGACUCAAAGGAGCAAUGUCCUGUCCUUCACUGAAUGACAGGAGGCUGGACAGAGGGAAGUGGGAGACGGUCGGGUUAAGUUUAACAAAGUUGCCUGGUAGCUUUCCAACCUUAAAAGGAAGUUCAGCCACCUUAGCCCCACCUGUCCUCGUCGUCCCGUUGGAUGUUGUGAAGUGCCAGGAGGCACAUCGGCAUGAGCAUGUACUUCCUUUGCAGGGCCGUGGUAAGGUGCGCCUGUUCGCUGAGCAGAGCACCUUCUCCGCCAAUACGUCCCCGUUCCUUUCCACAGUCAGAGUCUUUGUGGGUUCUGUGGAAGGUCUAUGGAACGAGACGGAGCGACAACACCUGAACUGCGCAGUAAAUCUGAGCCUGACCCCGGGGAAGCUUCAGCAACAGAAGAGCGCCACCAUCAGUAACUGCCGACGGCCAGUGUUCAAUGAAGAUUUCUUCUUUACAGAGCUCAGUGGGGAGGAUCUGCUGGAACUGCAGCUCAGGUUAAAAGUGGUGUAUAAACCUGCAGCUGGCUCACUGAGGAGAGGGACAGUGAUUGGAAUGACAACCGAACCACUGUUUCAGUUACUACACAAAACUCAUUGUGUAGUCUGACGGGAAGACGGCACAUAAUAUGUAACUAGUAUAAAGUGUAUAAAAUAAAAAGUUUGUAUGGAGGGACAUUCAUGUAUUUUGCGUGGCCAUAUGAGCAUUGUGUUUUUUGCAGCAUGUUCUUAUUAUGCUUCCUUGUUCUCGGACAAAACAUACAUAUCAUAAUGUUUGUGAUCUUUUUGUCAAAAGUUAUUUUAUUUGUGGUCUCCCAUCUGUAAAUAACCUUCAUUAGGUACAGAUUCUACAAAAAACUAACAUAAGGUAACUAUUUACACUUUCACUUAACACAUGAAAAAGAACAUUUAGCAGCUUUCACACUCUCUGUGAACUGUGUCAAUGUAGUCAAUGUGGUUUCAUACCCCAGAGAUACCUUAAUCGUUAUAUUGUCGCGUACACAAGCCUAAAUCAGUACAGGUUCUGUGUGAUUGACAGGGGCUGACAGCCAACGGGAACUGUUGUAUUCGUCAUGUGUCAAUAAAGUUUCACCCCUUUGCAUUA